AAAUUUUAUAUAUCAUAAACUUGCACAAUUCAAUGUAUAUAUACAAUAUACUCCAGCUUUAUUAUAAGUCUUGCCUGAUUAAUUAACUGUCAAACCUCAAAGAAAUUAAAUGACAACCACCACCACCACUAGUCGCAGACUUCGGCCUCCGUCGCCGAAUAUUGACCGGAGCCGGAGUAUAGCCUCUUCGAUCUCUCUCCCGGUAUCCUUAAAUGCUUCAUUCUCGUCUUCUUGUUCAUCAUCUUCUUCUUCUUCUCCUUCCAACUCAAGCAAACGUGUGAUGAUAAGCAGAUCACAAUCCACAACAAGAUCUUCCAGACCCACCGGAUCCAACCCGAAAUCCGGCGAGAUGAUCCCGGCUAGAAACAGCGCAUCAAAAUCCCACGAUAUGAACAACGGUAGAAGCAGAGAGGCGUUUGCUCGGUACUUGGAGCAACGUGAGCGUGGCAGUCCUCGUAAUUACGCUUCAUCGAAAGCGGUAAAACCGGGAGCUACCUCAGCAUCGGCGUGGGCAUUGUCCCCGGGGAGAGUUUCUACGAUGAAAACGUCUUUGUCCAGCUCAGCUCCGGCUAAUUCAACGUGCCAGACGCCCCCUGAGUCCCCGGUAAGCGUGGCCAAGAUAAGAGGCGGUGGCGGUGGAGCGGUAGCCGGAGUUUUGAAAUACUUCAAGACGCAGAAGAAAGUUUCUCCGGUUCAAGAGGAGGAGCAUCACCGGUUUAGGAUCUUUCAGAACAGAUUACUUCAGUUAAGGUUCAUUAACGCAAGAACUGAAGCCACUAUGGCUAACCUUAAGGUCAACGUUGAGGAUCAGUUGUUUUGGGUUUGGCUUAGGAUAUACAAAACGAGGAACUAUGUAGUGGAAAAUUUAAUUGAAGUUCAGAGGCUCCGUCAAGAAAUGAAAUUACGUCAAGUUCUCAGUCUCCAAAUGCCUUUACUCAAUGAGUGGUCGAAACUGGACGCGAAAAACUCCGAAGCGUUGAGCAAGCUAACUCGAAAACUGCAUGCUUUGUCUCUCCGUUUACCCCUCGUACAUGGUGCAACGAUAGAUGUGGUGUCCAUACAUGAUGAAAUGGUCAUAGCUAUAGAAGUCAUGGAUGAGAUUGAAGAAGUCAUCAAGAAGUUUCUCCCACGAGUUGAAAUAAUUCUGUAUGAGCUGACAGAAUUGAUCAGUAUGUUCAAGCAAGAAUUGUUAUAUUUUGAAGAGUUGGAGAAGAGCCUUUUCCUUAUUCCGGUUUCUGCGGCGAAGGAGAGUAGCUUAAAGGUCCAUUUUCUCCAGAAGACUGAAGAACAGAGAAAAUCUUUGUAACGUUGAUAAUAGCUUCUCUCCAGUAACUCAGAAGUUGGGAUGUGUAACUACUACAUGUUAAUUACAUUACACAUUGUGCAAACUGGUGACUAUAUAACGCGACACUUUAGUAGAAAUACCACAGUAUUCUCGCAAGUCACAUUGUAGGUAAAAGUUAUUACUCAUCAUAGACAUUUGUGUUUCAUACAUAAACCUAUCAACCAAAUAUUAAUAAACUUCCUUUGAUUGUCCGCGAAAAAUAAUUUGGGUUAUAUUCAUGUACUAUUUGUAA